GCGGACUUGAUCCCUGCAGCAGAUGCAGGGCUUUGGAAUCGGUGCCGGCACUAUUCUGGUGCAGGCGAACUCUCUUGCUGGUGGCCUCUGGACCGCGCGAUGACUGGACGGUGACUUCCGGGUCUGAGGAGAGUUGAAGAUGAAGGAAGAUUGCUCGCCCAGCUCUCAUGUGCCCAUCAGCGACAGCAAGUUCAUUCUAAAGUCAGAGCUCUUAAGCCUGCUUAAAACCUACAACUGCUACCACGAGGGCAGGAGCUUCCAGCUAAGACACCGAGAGGAAGAAGGGACUCUGAUCAUCGAAGGACUCCUCAACAUCGCCUGGGGACUCAGACGGCCCAUCCGGCUCCAGAUGCAGGAUGAUCGGGAACGAGUGCACCUGCCGUCUGCCACAUGGGUGCCUGAGCGGCUCAGCUACCCCCAAAAGGACGCUUCACCCCAGGACAGCAAGGUCCCUACUGAGGAGCCUAGCACUCAACCUGCAAAUAAUGGAGAGGUUUCCAGAGAUGGCUCAGGACCCCUGCAGGAAGAAGAGGAGGAGGUCCCGCAGCUUAUGCGGACAAAGAGUGAUGCCAGCUGUAUAAUCCAGAGGAGGUGCAAAUCCCGGGCACCGGGCGAGGCCCAGAAGAUGCGACGGCACCGGUUCUCCAUCAAUGGGCACUUUUAUAACCACAAGACCUCGGUGUUCACGCCUGCCUAUGGGUCUGUGACCAACGUCCGGGUUAACAGCACUAUGACCACCCAGCAGGUGCUUACCCUGCUGCUAAACAAGUUCCGGGUAGAAGAUGGCCCCAGUGAGUUCGCACUCUACACCGUCCAUGAGUCUGGGGAGCAGACAAAAUUGAAAGAUUGUGAGUACCCACUGAUAUCCAGAAUCCUGCAUGGGCCCUGUGAGAAAAUUGUCAAGAUUUUCUUGAUGGAAGCUGACCUGAGUGAGGAAGUGCCCCAUGAUGUCGCCCAGUACAUUAAGUUCGAAAUGCCAGUUCUGGACAGCUUUGUUGAAAAAUUAAAAGAAGAGGAGGAGAGAGAAAUAAUCAAACUGACCAUGAAGUUCCAAGCUUUGCGCCUGACAAUGCAGCAGCGUCUGGAACAGCUGGUGGAGGCCAAGUAACUAGCC